AUGAUGGAAGAUGAGGACAUGCCAGAUGCACCAGAAUCGCCGCCUGAGGGAGAGGAGGCGCCUGAAGAAAGUGAUAAAGCUUCCCUGGCAUCAACCCCAGCCCUCCCACAGAAGAAGCAGGAGCCCGAGCUUGAACCAGAGUCCAGUGUGUCAGAGACACGGCCAGCGGGUCAACGGCGAAGGGGCAGACGGCAGGUAAUGAAAAAAAAGGUGUCAAGGGAUGCAGAAGGGUACCUAGCUGACAAGAUUACUGUUUCCCCCGCAGUCACCAAGGAGGAACCAGUAUGGGAAUCCUUUUCAGAAGACGAGUCCGAACCCCAGAAAAGAAAACCGCUGCCAUCUUCAUCUGCAAAAUCGGCAAAGGGUGGUGCCAAAUCCAGUCAGGGUAGUAUCAUGUCGUUCUUCGGUAAGAAAUAG